AUGGCGGCCGAGGAGGAGUGGUAUUUUGAGGAAGAAGGCUGCCUCCAGUUCAGUGGCCGUCCAACUUCUGUGACUUUUUCACCUACAUCAAACUGCUUCAUCUGUACGCUCAAAGAUGGAACGGUUGAAGUCGUGGAUGCGCGUUCUAGUCUAGGUUUGAAGCGGACAGAGCCGGCAGUAUCAGGUUUGUACAAACUGAAGCAUGUGUUUUUCAUGCAGUUAGAUUACGCGGCUUCAAAUGUUUGUAACUAACGUCAGAUGGAUAUGAAUCACCUACCCCUAAUACCACUUUGUUAUCGUGACAGGAGUUUGAACUUUCAAAUGGUCAGUGCUUUGUCUUAUGCGAAUUCUAAUUUUUGCAUGUGUUAGACUUUAUACAUGCCCGCGUACAUUGUAAAAUCAAGAUCAACUCCUCAAUGAUCGUUUUGAAGACACAGUACGUAAAGGUUUUUUUCGUUAACAGAGAAGGUGGUCAUUUCAGCGUGUUGCACUUAAUUUUUUGAGACUAGCCAAGAAAUCAUUGAUCAUUAUUGGUGUACAGCUUUUAGAAUGGAAGUCACAAACUUUCAAUUUGUAAGCCAAAGUUAUGUCAUAUAUUGACUUCAAGUGCAUUAAAGCACCAUAGUUAUCUUAAAUUUGAAGUCAAAUUGGAAGUGAAGUAUUUGUAGGCCUGUGAUCAAUAAGAGGAUCUGAAUUGAGUUAACCAACUAGCAAAAAAGGGAGACAAAUACAACUGACUACCAACAAAAUGCAAAAAACAAUUACCCUGUAGUGACAAGUUUAUAUAAACCCACAACUGACGUGUUGCAACAUUAUCCAUAUUCAUAAGAUUCAGUUAAUUAUAGAAUUUCCUGUCAUUAAGCUUACUUAUGGCUUGGAAGGAGCACAGGCUCAUUUCCAGAACAGCAUCCGCUGCUUCUCAUGUAUUACCAGAUAAAUGUAAAUAAUUAACAUGCAUUUUUAAUUAUUAACUGAGAUUUGCUGACUACCGACAAAGAUUGAAAAUUUUAACUAACUACUGACAGAGUAAUUAAAUUCUAACAGGGCUCAUUUGCAGAACAGCAUCUCAUACUCAAGCCUAUAACCCAACAAAAUGAAUAAUUAGCAUGGAUUUUUAUCAUUAACUGAGAUUUGCUGUUUACCGACAAAAAUAAAAAAAUAAAACUAACUACUGAAAAAAUGAUAACAUUCUAACUGGGCUAUUUUUUCUGAACAGCUUCUGGUCCUUAAGCUCAUUUAUCCAACAAAUAUGAGUAAUUAACUUGCAUUUUUAAUCAUUAACUGAUAUUUACCGACCACCGACAAAGAUCAAAAGUUUAAAGCAAGUUCCGACAAAGUAAUAACGCUCUAACGAACAACCAACAUGAAGACCUGCCCAUUGAGACUCUCCUUUAACCCUUUCACCCCUAAGACCUAAAUAGCAAUUCUCCUUAUUAUUUACCGUUCAGUACUUAUAAUUUAUAUAUAAGAAUUUGGAAGUCAAUCAAACAAUACCCUGUAGAUGAUGAUUGUUUCACUUCUCAUCACUUCUUUGCAUGAAAAAUAUAUGGAUUUUUUUGAUAGUCAAAUUAAGGGGAAAAUGAUUUUCCUGAAUUUUCAUUUUUCUAGCAUAGUCUAUUGCAAACAGUACAGAAAUAAGAAUUUUCUCUCUUAAAAUAGCCCUCAUCCAGUUAAUUUAAGUAACUUUAACCCAUUUAAAUUGUGAGAGUUACCAGCUCCUAAUUUCUCAUUACAUUAUACUGCUGAAUCAUUCAGUAAGAUCAUGAGAAUGAUGGAAAUGAUUGCCAACCUAAGAGGCUCUGAUUGUUGCUCAAAUGUAAAUAAAUUCUCUCUGUCAGUACCACAGGGAGUGCAUAGAGAGGAGUAUGGAGAAAGUGCAUACUGGUGUACUAACAUCAACUACAACCAGUUUUCACACAGUUUGAAUAAUUAUGCUCAGGGAUAGUUAUUACUCCAACAUUUCAUUGUUUUAAUUGCACAACAGGAAGAUUAAGCCUUACAAUGUACCUUGGAUGUAGACAGACUUUAACAUCUUUCAUAAUCAUUUCCUAUGUAGGAGAAGCUAAGUUCCUUCAAUGUAAGUUUUGUCCUGAGGUGGAGAAGCUGUUUAUCACAAAUGGAAAUGUAUCUGGACUCAGAAAGGAUCUUAAUGGCGUCUUGCUGCUGGACAGCAUUUUACAGCCUCCUUUCAAAGGUCCUUGCAUGGAACCAGUUGUGUUUGAAUUGACUCUCUCAGAUGUAAGUAUUAAGUAAAAGGUACAGAAUAUUUAGCAAACAGGACUUGGAAUAGAUUGUGAAAUGUUUCAGCCUAUGAUGGGAUCAGUUUGGUUGUUUUCUGGAAGGAACUUAAAACUGAUGGUUUCUUUCCCCACCCAGAAGAAAGGGUUGGAGAAGGGGUGCUGGGAAUGGAAGAUUUAGAUAACUCUUAGUCUCUUUUACCAUUUGACCUCCCCUAAGAUUGAUUAGUAUCUAAUUUCUCCUGACAAGAUCACUCCUGAAUCAAACAUUGAGGUCACAAGAAAAAGGGAAAUGGUCACUGAUAAAAAAAAGCCCUUGAUUGCUACACAAAUUUUACUUGUCAGCACCUUACAAACAGUAUGAAGAAUAUACAUAGUGAUGUUAAGGUGGAAAGGGUCAUGCUACAGUGUGGAAUGAGCACUGGCAGUUGAGUUGUGGUUACCUUUUCAUAAGGCCAGCACACAAUACAUUGUACAUUUGAAAUUACUGGUCAUGGUAGAAAUGACGACCUUGAAAUUCAAUAUAGAAGGAGAGGAGUCAGUUUACCUCCUCUAUUUACAUUCAUGAUAAUGUACAUGACUACUGGAGAAUAGGUGCAGUUGUAAGUUUACAUGUACAUGUACAUGCAGGAAAGAAGCAAAUUUAUGGUAUUGUCAACUAUUUGCAUGAUCAAGCACAAACUGAAGAACGAGUUAAGAAGAAAAGUAGAAAAUAACAUUCAUUCUAUCACACAAUUUGCCUUCUAAAAUGUGAAAUGAAUGAUGAAAGGGUUAAACUGGUGGUAAAAUAUUUUUAAUUCUAAAUGUGAUUGCUUUUUCAGGCUAUGCAGUUACUAUCAGCUAUAGAAUUGUGUCUUUCAUCUGGAGAGGAUGAUUCGAAUAUGAAGAAUAUAAACACUGUGCAAUCUUUGCUUAAAGAGGAAGUAGACAAGGCUCAGUCCCUGUUAGGCUCAAGUCAUGAUAAAGCAAUUAAGGUAAGCAUGUGCUGCAGUGAGUACUAAGUUAUGGUUAAACCUGUGACUGACAGUCACAGGUUUAACCUGAGAGGAUCAAUCAACAUGUCAUUUCUCCUCAGAGAAUCAAUACAGUAUCGAGUUAACACUUAUGAGAAUUUAUCAACAGUGAUCUCUGCCUGAUGCAACAAAGAUUGUAUUAUUGUGUAAUCAUCUCUUUGGAAUAGAUUUUUUUCUGGAAACCAGCCAUUAGGCUACAAUUUAUUUUUCCUUUUUUCAAAAUAUUUCAAGUGCUAGGAACAAACUUUUGAAUGAUUUCUGUUGAAACUUGAAGUGAAUGUCACCUAUGAGCAUAACUAUUCAAGAUUAUUAAUUUUUUUUUUGUUUUGUUUAUAAACUUCAAAAAAGUAUCUCUCCAAUAGGUGUUGAUUAUUGUUCACUCAGGGGAGAGCUUGUUAAGAGGAAGUUGAUGACACUGUUAUAAACUUGAGUUCUAUAGGGUUGUCUUACUAGUUCUAUGUGAAUAUUGUUAAAUAAUCUUUGAGUUGGGUUCAUGUAGUUCUCUAACAGUAUUAUUUUUAUUUUCUAGUGGUGUACUUGCCAGUUGAAGUAUGCUUGUAGUGCACUGGAGAAAGUGUUUGCUGAUUUGAUCACUUAUCUUCAGAGAAGCCAUAAAAAUCAUGCUGCUCUCCCCAUUGUUGCUGCCAUGCAAUCAAGAACUAUGUACCUGCUUGACGUAGUCACCACCGAUAACAGACCAACCUCGCCAGGGAACAAAUUUCCGAUGUUUAUGGAGGCAGUGCGGAGAAAGACCUUUUCAUCAUGGCCUCAUAAAGAAUACAGGUAUUAACUGAUCUUUGCGCUUCUAGUGGGAUUUCUGUUCUUUAAUGGACACAAGAAAUGUCCUGAAGUUGUGAAGUGAAUUUGCAUCAGUAGACCCUUCUUUUCAUAUGCAUAGCUGAAAAUAAAACUGGAAUAUUUGUUGAAACAUUCCUGUUACCCUCCUUGGCUGUCAUUGUUGGUAAUGAAAAAAUUGGACCAUAGAACUGUUUUUACCUUAGUUGCAUCAACUCUCCCCCCCCCCCCCUGCCCCCUUCCCUUCACUUAAAUAAUGUCCAAGGUCUGCAAAAAUUAACUGAUGGAGAGUGAAACAAUAGGUACAACUGGACUUAAAAAUUUUGAGAAGUGUAUCUUUUUUUUUUUAAGAUUUUUCUCUUCAAGUUUUUUGAUCAGGUAAUUGGUAACAAUAUUUUGUUGAAGCUAAGCCCCUUCUGCAGCAGAUAAUUGGGAUGUAUUUUUACUUGUGAAAUGUAUUAGCAUGACAUAUCUCUGUCUUGUUUUAUUUUCUGUUUCUGUAACUUAUUAGAUGGAUUUUUUUUUUUACAAGGUGGGCAUAUCCAGAAGCCAUGGCAAAAGCUGGUUUCUACCACCAGGUAAGUUUUGGACCAAAUUACGUGUAUAGGGGCACUCCUCGCAGCUACACUACUUGUUUUUGCUUGGAAAUGUUGAGCAAACAUUUCUUUGAUUCAUAAAUGAAUUGCAUAACUGAGAGCUGAUCAGAUUGCUAGGAUACUGGUGAUUUCAAAGUGGUUGAAAUAAAUUGCAAUCAAUUAUAGUGUGUCUAUACAUGUGUUUUACACAGCUCUCAUAAUUAUACAUUAUUUGGCUGAAUGUCUUUUUUUUCUAACUCAUUCAGCCUAGUAACCGUGGUGAUGACAGAGCUCUAUGUUUUACUUGCAAUGUGUGUCUGGUGUGUUGGGAACCAACAGACGAACCCUGGUAAGAUAAUAUCACAGUACAAUACUUCACCAUUAAAUCACAGACUCAUUAUGGUGAGCUAUGCUCUUACUACUUUUAGGUUCAUAUGAAACACAUGUGCUGCAUGUUGCUAGGGCCAGCAAUAUCUAAAAGAGUUACAUGUAUAUGCAUAAAUACAAUGAGAAAGAUACUAAUUUUUUCUCUGCUUUUGUUUAUUUUAUUUUUUAGGGCAGAGCAUGAACGGCAUUGUCCAGAGUGUUCAUUUGUGAGGGGAAAUAAUACCAUAAAUGUCCCUAUGUCAGGUUAGCGAUGACGGCUUUAGCAUGAAGAUAUGUUAAUAUUCUCUGGAGGGUGUAGAGAUCCAACAGUUUUAGUUUAUCUAUGUAUACAACAUAAAGAUUGUUGAAUGAUCCCUGAAGAAAAAUCAAGGAUAUUAAUUUGUAUUGGAUCAACUAAUAAUCCCUUAAUUUAUAUUUUUGUAUUUUUUGUCAUCAUUUGCCUGCUUGAUUUUGUUUACAUAAUGAAAAGAGAAAUUAUGCCAUGGUCACUCAUGGGAGUUAAAGCAUUAAGACAGUUCUGUUUCAGAAUAUGGUAAUGACCAUAAGACUUUUUAAACAGGCUUGAAGAAUUUUUGAGCAAGGAAAACUUCAACCACAACUGUUCAUCUUCACUUGUUCAUGUCCAUGGUUAUAGUUGUUGACUUUUGAGUUAUAUUUUGCAGUUUCAUUGGCCACUGCUCCUGCCUGUACCCAUGAAUCAGUUCAAAUUCAAGUGAGUUCUCAAGUUGCAAACAAUAGUUAAACAAAUUCUUCAUGUCCCUUUAUCCCUUUCAAGAUGAACCCUACUUAAUGUUUGAGUGAAAUCAAGAGUUACUGUUUGUGAUAUGUGUAACUGGAGUUCAUGAAGUAGAAGUGGGAGGGAGGGAGGGAGGAGAGGGGCAGCUUGGCUGAGGGGCUAAGGACACUUGAUUUGAAAUCUAGGUUUUAUGGUCAAAGUCUCCCCUCUGGAACUCUAUUGAAUUUUUUUUCCUCAUUAGCCCAGAGUUAACUUCUCCUCUGAACAAUUAUGAUAUGGACAGGUUUGCCCAACACUAGCUGGAAUUCUUAAAAAUAUUUGUUAUGUACCUUUUUUUUUUUGUUUUUUUUUUGUUUUUUUCUUUUGGUGUAUUUAUUUUGCUCCCAAUUAGUAUAUACAUGUAGGUGCUGUACCAAUUUAAAAUGCUGUUCACAAGAGAUAAUUAUAUCAAUAUUUAAUUAAAUUUGUUUUUUUAUUUAUUUGUUUGUUUGUUUGUUUAUUUAUUUGUUUAGUUAUUUAAUAUUUAAUUUGUAUUACUUUGCUAGUUCAUCAGUGAAAGCUCGUGUUCACACUUCAUGGCAACAUGUAGUGAAAAUGGACAUGUCAUCAUCUGGGACAUUCAAGAUGAACUGAAGGUAAUAAUAUUUAACUUAUCAAAUGUGAUACCCUGAAUGAAAUAAAUGAUUGUUGCUUGUCCACUUCAGGCCUCCUUUCCCACUUAAUCAUUACCUCCCAGAAUGGCCAGCAUCUAAUUUUUCCUUUCAAUAUCACCCCUGCAUCAAACAUUUAGGUCACUAGAAUAAAGGAAGUUAUUACUAACUAAAGAAGCUCUUGAUUGCUUAAACAAAUUGUCCUUGUCAGCAGGAAUGAAGGCAAGUGAGGUUUUGGUACAUUGCAUGCAAGCAGCCAGGUUGCUAGCAAGUUUCAGAAUGACGGGAUCCAAAAGUGGAGCUACAGCACAUUUGAAAAAAACAUUUUGAACUGUUGAGUUCUUCUUGAGAGGUUCAGAAUGUAUUUAUCAUCACAAUUUCAUACAUACUUUUGAAUGGCAUCCAUAAAAAUUGUGUGGGUUUUUCAAGGACACCUUUCCUUUAAGGGCUGGCUUAAAAGAAAGCACAGGCUGUCAAUUUGACUUGUAAAAUCCUGGAGAAACUUUCCCUAUGAUUUAAUAUGGUUUGACAAUGGAAGUCAAAAGAUAUCAGCGUUGCUCAUGUUUUUUUAUGUUUUUUGUUUUUUGUUUUUUUUUCACAGAUCCAUACUGAGUUUCAAGUAAGUCUACCUGAUGAUGUUGAAGAAACUCCAGAAGGAGAUUUGCCAUCUGAACACUUUUGCCCUCCUACAAGCUUUGUGGCUUGGGCUGAGCCUGACUAUGAAGACAUGGAAGGUAUCAGUAGUGAGCCAGAGAAAGAUUCCAAAACUGCAGGUGAUCCACCAGAGAGCAAGGCAGCUGAACUGUCAAAAGAGGAAGCAUCAUACCAUAAGAAUCCAAAUGAAGACUGCAACAGUGGACAAGGUCUUUAUCUUGAAUUUGUGUAAUGUUAUUUAUCUCUGUCAUGUUAGUUCUUAAUCAUAUACCGUAACUUAGAGUCAUUGGUUUAUUCACCAGUGGUAAAUCUCUUAUUUCUGCAUAAUAACUAAGUGUUCAGUAUUUUAGUGAAAAUAAGGUUUUAGUGGAAGAUUUGGUGGAAUGGUGGUAAACACUGGUCAGAGGGACCAGUAAGACCAUGAGUUCUGGCUUUGUCACUGUGUUGUGUGGUUAAAAUGAUCCUCUUUCACAGAGUUUCUCUCCUCCAAGGAGAUUAUAUCUUAACCAUAAUUAGAUCAGGGUCAUUUGAUAAUUUGUUAGGGAGGACUUGCAAGGGACAAGAAUCAUGUUUAGAAAAAGAAGUAAUACUUGGCUCCUAAGCCUCUAGAAGAUAAAGCCAAAAAGUUGCUCUUCCCUUUCACUCCCAAGUGGGACCUGGAACUAAUUUCUCCUUACAAUAUCACUGUACACUAUAAAUAACAAUAUCAACUAGUGGAUUAUUACACGGGAAAUGUGUAGGCAGGUAGGAAGGAGAAUUAUUGUUUAGAAAGAUCUUGGGAGUGAAAGAGUUAGGUUAAUAAAUGAUCAGGCACUGUUUGUAUAUGACAUGCUCAUAAACACACCAUAAACGGUUUGUUAUUGUUAUUUGCAGAUGAAAAGAAGAGUGCUGGCUGUCACUCUGAAACUAUUGAAGAAGAAACUAAAAAAGAAAAGUUAGUUGUCUGUACUGUGUCUAUCAUUUGUUCUUGUGGAAAAGAUCCUACAAACUCUACUAGUCAGAGCUGUCAAUCAUUUGCGCACACUGCUACAUUACUUGUUGCAAUUCUUAUGCAAAAGAAUUUUACUGGUGAUCUUACCAAAUCAGAGGACAAAGGUGAUGUUGGUUGCAGUGCAGGUCAGCUUUGUCCAUACAUUUUGGUUUAUGAUAUUGUUACAAAUUCAGGAAACAAAUUGGAGGAAUCCACAACAAAGCAGGCUUUCAGUGUUGAAAGUUGUAUUGAUUUAGACAAGGAUAUGCUGAUGCAAGACCCUUAUGGAUUGUCUGGGAGUGACGAUGAGUUUUUAUAUGAUGAGCUGCCUCUUGGCCAGCCGCCACCUCCUGUUCUUCCUCCCGAUACACUUCACUCAUCUGUGUUGCAGAAGUUUGCUGAGGCUAUAACUGGUGAUUUGGGGGCAGAUCCAGGAAAGACUAAGAAAUCAAAAGAAGAAAGAAAUAGAUGUGCUAAACUUGUUCAGAAUGUUGAUAUGUCAAAAGUUUGUGACAAUCGUUGUUGUAAGGUGUCCAGCAUAGUCCCUUUUGGGGAUAGUGAACAUAUUUUGGUUACUGUCGUGUUAUGCUCUUCCUCUGGAAACAUAAUAACAGCAUAUCCAAAUGAAACAAGGACAAACUCCUCAGCUGGAACAGAAGAAAAUUUUGUGGAAGGGACCCGUCCUAAAACUCUAAACUGUGAGCACAAUUUUACUCAAAGCACACUGGCAGUGUAUGAUAUACUCAGCAGUAAUAAUAAAAGAACGUUGUCUCCUCAGCCUUUAAGAACAAAACAAUUUGCGGCUUCAGAAGGUCUGUUUAGUACUAUAGUGGCUCUUCCACCAGAGAGCCAUGACCUCAUAGGUGACUUGAAUCUAUGCUUACAAGAUGCAGAAGCAGAGUUGUCUCCAGAGAGACCUCUUUUGGUUGGUGCUGUGAAGAGCAGUGUCAUCCUCAUUGAUGCAAACUCUCUUAAUAUACUCACCAAGUUUUCAUUAUCCAAUGGAAACUCAAACAUAUUGCAUGUCUUGAACUGUCCUGGGAUGGAUUGCCUUUGUGCAUGCAACGAGGAUGGAGCAAUGCAUUUCCUAGGUUUGCGUCGCCAUAAGGCUGUGGAAGCAAGUCAAGGAAGUGUGGGGCAGGACAGAACAGAUAGCAUAUCUCAGGUUCCCCCUGCAGGGUCUUGGUCACAGACAGGUGAUUAUAGCUAAGAAAUAAAAUCAUUGAAAUAUUAGACCUUAUUAGAUCAUUGGAUGAGAUGACAAUAUUGUCAAACUGGUUUUGACAAUUUAUUUGAAAUCUCAGUUAUAGUAAAAAUUAUUGCAGGGAACAAAGAAUCCUUUAGAAGAUACAAUUAUGUGGCUUUUUGCUUAGGGUUGGAGUGCCCAACUAGAAUCAAGGAUGCAUGACACAGAAAGAAUUAUAUGUGUCCUGUCUGUCUUCCAUGCUUUUCUGCCCUUUCAGAAUGUCAAAAUUGUUGCUUUUGUCGCAAACAGGUCUUUUUUUCUGCGGGAUUUUCUGAUUUUGUAAAUAACUAGCAGAAAAGUAAGCUUUUUCUGUGAAGUUGUUUUAAAUGUUAGUCCUAAAUGUGACACUGACCUUAGUACCCACCCUGUGUUUGAGCACACAGGAAAACUAAAAUCAAAUAAAACGCAACAACUAACCAAGGAGCCAUUGAGAUCUCAAAGUAAAAACAAGGAGACUUCCAAAUUCUUAUACUCAAUUUGCCAAGAAAUCUGUUGGAAAUAGAUUGGAGAAUUUGCUAAUCAGAUCUUAAGGUGUGUUAUGGUUAAGAGAGUUCCUCUACACACGAGUACAAGAACUGGAUCUUUGCAACACUUCUCUCCACAGAUGAAAUGUUCAUGAUAUUAUUUUUGGCUUGACUUCCUGUUAAGUAUUGAGAGUAUCUUUGUGUCAAAGUCGUAAAUAGGUCAUGCAUUAAAUUAUGUUACAAUGUGUUUGAUGGCUACUUUUGCAGCUGUUGCCCUUAAUCCAAAUGAGCCAGUCUCUAUGGCAACCCUGCUUUCAUUGGUUCAACUGACAGAGUUUGUGAUGCUGAUGCCACGUUUUAUGGCAUCUGUGCCGUCUUCAUGGGUGGAGUAUCAACAGGAUCAGCACCGGCUUUACCAGCACACCUUGGUAGAUCCUCUGUUACACACCAGGACAUGGAAAUUGCGAACAGAAAAUAGCAGGCAAGUUAUGUUUUACAUCAGGGGAACACAACCUAAUCAGAGGUGCCAUCUGGUGUCCUUUGUUGUAUCAUCAUCUACUGGGCUAUUGUACAUUACGCUAGCAUUUUCCAAUAAAUUUAGUGAAACAACAGCAUUAAGUAAUAUUCAAGCACUAUUAGUGGCAUUUUCUCGGAAAUGUUAUUCUAAUGUCAGGGCAUUGCCCUGAUACAGUGGAAUAGAAAGUGAGGGGAAAUCAGAAGCUAAUGCUAUGUCAGUCUAAGGUUAAUUGUGUGUAUUUAGUGUUAACAUUUUUCCUUCACUGUUUCAGGUUUUUGACCAAAGAACAAGUUGCAGAAAUUGUUCUCCCAAGAUAUUGCCACGUGGGCCAUGUAGACGUCAGAUUUUCCUUAAGCCCUAUGACCACCCAACCAGCUACCAACGUUUACCUGGUAAAACCGCCAUAUCCUAGCUCCUUUAAACUCAGUCACAGGAGUUAUCCACUGCCAUUACCAGAACGUCAGAAGAAAGGAAUACUAGCUUCGGCUCGAGAGCAAAACACUAUAGUGUGUGGUCCUGUGAGCCUUAAAAUGGGACUUGAUAGUACAGGGCGGCAUGGUCGUGUGACCCUUACGAGUCCAGAGCUGAUCAAAUACAGCAGCAGGAUUCUGUUGCUAGUGUUUGACAGUUGUGGUCCAGGUGAAGAUUUGGCUGAGUUAUCAGUAACAGUGGCGAGGUUCAAGAACAACUUCCCAGGGGAAUGUCACAAGUUGAGGACCAGUUUACUGGAAGACAGCAGCCAAAGACUGCUUGAUAUUGUUGUUGGAUGUGAGCCUGUCCAGGGAGCAGUUAAACCUGAUGAUGGAAGGAAGUUGGCUCUGGAGCUUCUCUGUUGGAUUGCUGGUGUCUAUGUUAACUGGAAGACUGGGUAAUUUCAUUUUUUGAACAACGGCAAUGCAUGUAUCAUGGCUAGAGAAAAGUCCAUUUGUGCAUGAUGUUAUUAAGUCUCACUGUAGCAUAGAUGAUUGGUCAAUUUGUUAGGCUUAGAAACUGUUUAUGAUGACCAAUUUACACUAUCAACUCAAUUGUUUAAAUCAGAUCAUCUAUUAGUAAUCCCUCCUCCAUUGAUGCAGUUCCUCAGUUUCUCUAGAAACUUACCGCCUUAACACAUACUGUAUGAACUACCUAUAAUUGUUAUCAACCUGUGGAAUGAAAACUUGUUACUUCGAGGACCUGUGUGCCUUAAUUUUGGCAAAUGGCAUUAUAGAAAUUCAGUACUGUAUUACCUGUUUAUUUGUAGGGUUUUGUUACUCACCAAUCACAAAGCAGGUAUUUAAUAAUAUUAGGACUGAAGGCUCAUAUAUGUUCUCGUGAUAUUUCUGCAGGGAGAGCAACUUGGUAUGGGAUGUGGAAAAUUAUCUUCCCAAGUUGAUUCGAACAUGUUACCUUAGUUGUGGACGUAGCAUUGCUCACAAGUGUAGCAGACUGUUGAUGAUGUGCGCCAGGUAUUUCACUUUAUACAGUAGAUCUGAGUGUCUUGAAGUUGUGGUUUCCUUCGUUGCAGUACACAAAUUAGGAAACCGCAAAUGCAUUUUUGUAAAAAGUCUGUCAGUGGUGAAGCCAAUUUGUAGCCCCUUACAUGUCAUCAAUUCAGUGGCCAACCUUCUUCGCAUGUACGAACGUUGUAAUACCUAAUUGGCUACAUUUUAUCAGGUUUUCCAUACAAUUUACUGGCACCUUUUACACUCUUGGGUGGGGUGAGAUGAGAUGAUCAUUGUUGUUGUUGUUAUUUGACAUUGACUGUUUCCCCUUUUCACUUCAUAGGAGAGCUGUGAACCAAAGGUCUCCCACUGAAUCCACGUCAUCCUUCAGAAGAUCUUUACUAAAUGCGAUCCUGGAUGUUUUGCAAAUAACUCCAUGCGCUGUUUCGUCUGGUGCAAUACACUGGCUGUUUAAAUUACUUGCUGGAUUUGCCGCCCAGGCUGAUUCCACCCUCACUAGUUUCGUUUGCCUGGAGUUGUUAGAGUUUUUAUCUUCCAAACUUACUUCUUCAAGACUGCGAGAGCAUCAGUUAUUGCGUGCGAGGUUGGAAAGUUUGUUUAUUGUAGAAGUUUAGCUCCCAUUCUCUUCACAUUUUGGUGGCAAAUGAUAAACGGAUACGCGUUUGUGAACGAUAAGCUUCAAAUAGAUCUUUAUAGGUUUUCUGCAAUUACACCCUGUAUAGUAUUUGCAGAACCCAAAACGAAAGAAGACGAAGAGAAGGCAAAGACAUCACAGACUUUGUGAAUGGGUUGUAGGAACAUCAUGGGCGAAAAUAAUAUGAAAUAUAAUUGAUAUCUGACUAUGAAAUAACUGAGAUACUCUGAGCGCCCUGAUAGGUCAAAAACCAUUUUUAUUCUUAUUGCAACGGUAAACCCCCGACUCUGUUUUAUAUAUGUGCUUUGCAUUCUUAAAAGUAAACAUUAGUUGUGAUUUUCAUCAGGUAUGGUCUGUAUGGCUCCCCAUUAGACCCUGUCCUGUUUGAUGCUUUGCCGCAAGCUUCUACCAGCCAGCAAAGUUCAUCAGUUGUUAAUGCUCUUAGUGGAGUGCCGCUGACCGUCAAGGCAUCAUCUUCCUCCGGAGGCUCCGAAUCCAAUUCAUGGAGCAGUGUGAAUUCACCGCUAGCUUGGCAAGGCCUCCUGGAAGUCCAGCCCCUUCAUUUUGUUUGCUGUUCCACCAGCGAUGGAGCCCGAGUGGAGAGGGGUGACAAUCACCUACUAUCUGGUGGUAGUCUGGGACCUUCAGGUACGCCGGUUCAUGUUCCGAUGAUGUCUAGUGGGAUGCCGACCGGAUCAGCUUUAGCGCCAACACUGCCAACUGUAUCAGCAUCUCUCGCUGCUUUGGAACAAGAGCUCCACAUGCUGAAGGUAUCUUGCCUCAGGAGAGAAAACACUUAGGUUUCUGAGAGCAUAUGACUAGCUUAAGGAUAAUGUUGUCUUUGAAAUACAUUCACAAUUAUAUUUAGAGAGUUUAGAGCUAUCGCUUCAAAGACAGCAUAAAAACCAUCAUGCCCUGCACAAGUCGCAUCCGGGCCCUUCUGUUUUCUUUACCGUGGAAAUAUUGAAUCUGUCUAAUUCGCACGCUAGAACGCUAAAACGUUCAUCACUUCAUCCAAUGGACCUUUUUUUUAUUUGACGGAGGGUAGUAUCAUUUUAUAAGUGUUUUUUUUUUUGCUGUAUUUUUUGUGCCAUGGGAACAUAUUUCUGCAUACUAUCUGCCUACUUAAAACCCACAAAAAAAAUUACCAGCUUUCUCUCUAUGACAGCUACAUAACCUUUUGACCUCUGAGGAUGACUAACAUCUUAUUUCUUCUUUCAAUAUCACUCCUGGAUAAGACAUUACGAUCACCAGAAUAAAGGAAGUGAUCCUCCAAUAAAGAAGCUCUUGAUUUUUUAACAAAUUCUCCUUAAUAGCACCUUAGGAAAUGUUUGGAGAACAGUAUGGAGAACAUGCAUACUUAUGUCAGGAUGUAUGGGGGAUUACCCUGUUUUUGAAAUUUUGUAGUAUUACUUAUUAGCUCCCAAGACUGUAAGCACAAGAUUCCUAACUGGCUUGAAAAGAGACCUUGUUAAAGGUUUGAUGUCACAGAUCUCCAUCGCGUCGAGUCAUGAGUAAUGUCUGUUUAUCAAGCUGACAUCUUUCUAACGUUGAACACUGGAACUGUUCGUAACAGUUGUUUGAAUGCUUCCAACGUUUGGCCUAUUUGGUCAUUUUUUACACGAACCAAAAACUGACUCCCUUUUAUUCAUUUCCUGUAAAAAAAAUUGUCUGUGUUUUUUAUUUGUGUGUGUCGUGCAGCAACACCAGCUACAGCUAGUAAGCCUACAACAACACAAAAAGCAAUUAGAAAAACACAAGAAGGAACUUGAAGAUAUGUCCAUGUGGCCUCUGUUUCCAAAGACCGUAUACAAACCUGGUAAUGUAUGGUCAGCUCCACCAAGUGCUCCCGCAUUUCAGCCAACCACAGCUCCCUUGACUUCCACCAGUGCUCCUAUCAACUUGGCACAGCACAAGAAACAAGCAGCGGGUGCAAAGAAGAUUGAGAGGGCAAGUGGUGGCCCUGUGUCCCAGCCUAUCCAACAACACCUAAUGCAGGUAGGAUUGGUGGAUUGCUGCUAGUACUUAAGUGCUAAAGCAAAGAGAAAAUCCUGCAAACUGGAGCCUAUCCUAGUCUCACCUUUCAUUACUAUCAAGGGACACCCGCUGUUGGAAUGUACGCACUGAAUGGUGCAUAAACAUAUUUCUUGUCAAAUUCAUGUCUUGAAUUAUCAUCCAGGAGUGUUGUCAAACAUUGUCCAUGAGUAGAUCAUGAACUUCAAUGAGAACUCGGACAAUCCGAUUGCACCGUGCAAAGAUACUACUACGUGGGUGAAGAAUUUUUUCGCAUAGACUUCAUAAGCAGAGAAAAUCACCAUCAAGGGGUUUUGGGAAGGGAGGAUUGGUUGGAAGGAAGCGUUAAAAUGGUAAGGAAAGACCAAGAAAUUAAAGACAAUGGCGAAGAACAGCAAUAAUUGACUCCAAUUUCAAAUGGCCAACUUCAAGAAUUGCCAGUUUAGCCUGUUUACCCUGUAACUCGUAAGAGUUACUAAUAUCUUUUUUUUCCUCUCAGUAUCAGUGUGACAUCAAACAGUAGUCAAGUAAAUAGUGCAAGUAAAGGAAAUGACUGCCAAGCAAAAGAGCCCUUGAUCGUUCAACAUCUUCUCCUUUUGAAUACUAUAAGAAAUGAAGAGAACAGUAUGGAGAAUGUGCACUUUAAUGGUAGGAUGUAGAGGGUUCACAGUACAUGUUAUUGUUUUUCCCUCAAAGCUCCCGCAGCCACAGAUGUUGGUGAUCGACCGUCUCCACGCAGGAGCCCGUCAUCAUGUUGUUUUGGACUUUGGCUGUGUUGUCCAGCUGACAGAUGUGUUGAUUCCUCAGUGCUCAGACAUCAUGUCACUUUCCAUUGAUCUGUGGAGUCAAUGGGAUGACCCAGAUGUACAGCGGAUAGCUGUGGUGUCAGACAUCAACCUUUGUGCUUUUGUUCUCAAAGAUCUUUUGCCUCCUCCAGUGUGCCGCUAUGUUAAGGUGAGAUGAUUGAACAUCGUUGCGUAUGGUGAAAUAUUACUUCGUUUACUCACGAGUUAAAUUAUUCAAUGUGAAAUCCCAGCCAAUUCCGCGCACAGAGCUGCAACUUCUGUAUUUACUCGAUCACAAGCCGAGAUAUUCGUUGAAUAUUUUGCCUAUCGGGUGCCCCGCUUGUUUGAGCGCAGCGCUCAAAUUGAAAGAAAGAACCUUUUAUCUCUAUAAGUGAUAAGAAGAAAGUAGUAACAGACCCGUUCAAAAUAUCCUAUCUCUCAUUUUUGUUGGUUAAGUGGGCUUGCCCCGUGCACGCACUUGCUUUAUAUUUGCCAUAUCAAACUGAAAAACAUGCACAUUUGUCAAACCGGCUUUUUCAGGCAAAGUUGCACCAAACUUUUGUUUGAGUUGUAUUCUUCGAAUAAGCCCUCAUCUGGGAACAAAUGGAGGAUACCUCCUCGCUUGGAGGUAGCUUUUACCUCACAUACGGCGCUUUUUUUUUUACACAAAAAUCUGCUGCAGCAAACUGAAUUAGUUUGGCUUCACAUAACGAAAAAUUUACUCAUCAGUCUAUUACGCCACUUUUUUUCUUGUUCCAGUGGGACUCGUUCAGAAAAUCAUCUAGUAAUGGCUGAUAACAUUGAGGAGAAAAUAUUUUCACAAAUCUUAGACCUUUUUUUGUAAUCGAGGCAUAAUUAUUGGUGUAUUUGCGCCAGAAACAAAAUUGCAAUCGAGUUGGAACUUUAUAUGACCUCGAUUAUCUCUUAAAUAUUCUAAAAGAGGAAUUCUCUGGCAGAUUUUACUAAUAUUGAUAACAUUCAUAUUAUUUUCUUUAUUUAGCUAACUGUAGUUGGAAGGCCUAAGACAAAUGCAAAGGCACGUGUGAAGGUUGGAGAAUUCUAUGGUCAUCCACUUUGUCGUCAGACAACCAUCAGUGGGGAAAGUCAGCUUCUUGCUACAAGCUGCCAAGACCAGCAGUGUUUACCAAUACUACUCAACCUCCUAGAAGACAUCCACUGUCAUUACAACUUGGCGUGCACACAACUGCGGACCCUGCUGCAGUCCUCUGAACCUCGAACUCCGAGGCCAGACGGAUCUGGAGCUGGUGCAUCUCUCACCGAAGAAGACAAGAAAGUAGAGAAAGCUUACAACCAGUGCCUUAACCUGCAGCACCAACUUAACCUGGUGGAAAGGUCUAUUACUAGACUGACGUCUAACACGGAAAGCAAUAGAACAAUUCCGUCUCUUGAUGAAGCCAAAUACGAUCAUUUGCAGGUCAUCUGCAACUGUUUAAUAGACACAGUGGUGGCAUUAAUGGGUGUUGGUCCUUCAUUAGAGGGUUACCUUGCUAAACCCAAACUAACGCUUGAGUGGCAGCCCUCUCUAAGCCAAGUGACUCCUACCAUGUGUGAAAGCCUGUUUCGUAACCUCUGUGUUCAUGGUUCUCCUCAAAAACGUGAAAGGGUUGGCGCUCUACUCUUGAAUGCUUGUGGUAGUAAGCCAUGGUGGGGCGAAUUUUUGUCCAAUGUUCUGAAAGAGUUUUUUAGUUCCAGCCAGAAGUGCACGUUUCCCCAAGAAAGGUGAGAACCAUUGUUUGAAAGAGUUAUAAGUUCAUUCUCUGUAGGAAAUCACAUCGCAGGUUUUCCUUGAAUUGAGUUAUCGUUGUAGAGAUACUCCUGGUUAUAUUUUUAAAAUUUUUUGUAUGCUAACAAAAAGUAGCAUGUAAAAAACUAUUACUCGAAGGAAGUCGUCAUGACCGUACAUAUUUGGUUGAAAAUAUGUCUUGGUUAAACAUUGAAUUUUCUUAACUGAUAUGUAUGGUUCAAUGUAGUGGUUAUGAGAGGGAAAUAGUUCCCAGGUCUCUACAGUUUAAGAAUUAGGUAAUUGUCGUAUGUCAUGGUCGUGGGGCUUUACCUUAUCGAUCUUCCUUAUCUCCCUACGAUCAAUGGUCAAUCAUAGACUCAUACCUUUUGAUGAUUUUGCAUAAUCAGACUGUUUGCAGUAUUAGUGCGCUUGAGUCAGCAGUCCCCUUCAAUUGAACUGGUGCUCACAAGUUUUCUGAGCCUGUUAGAUGGACUGCUCCUCGUGAAGGACCUCAAAGUGGACCUGGAGUCUGCAGACCUGACAUUAAUCAGUUGGUUGUUACUCCUCUUGCAACAUGUUCUGGAUACUUGUAUAGUCCAGUCUGAUACAACUGCUUCUACUAACGGUUAGUUCCUCUCACACUGUAAUGUAACAGUUUGUGCAGUGGCUAUAGAAGGGUAAGUCCGACCAUAAUCUUGGGUGUCAUUUCAGGUUUAACAGUAACACUUCUUACUCCUUAUAAACCUGAAUUGGUUAUGAAGUUGACUGUUUUACUUCUUUGCGUCAGAAAAUGGGGAAAACUCCAAAGGGUCGAAUGGUAAAAACAGCGGUACCUCCUCUCCGAUUACUGGCAAAACCAAGUUAUCCAAGUCCACAAAGAGUAACAAAUCUUGCAAGCGAAGCAGAUGGGACUUCAUGCUUCCAACUAUACCGACUCUACCAUCAAGUGCAAGCAGUGAAAGCAGUAGUUACUGGCACAGACACCUCAAGAUGAGCAAGGGGACUUUGGCAAAGAAACCUCAGAUGGACUACACACAGGGGUUAACGAAGGGGAAUGGAAAGCAACCUUAUAAGGUAAUGGUGAUCCAAAUUGGUAUCCUGUCUCAAAUAGCUUUAAAAAAUAUCAAAUACCUUUGAUAGCUGUGGAUGAACGCUUUUUUCUUAAUUUGUUCGUCAGCACAUGAAGGACUUGUCCAAACUCCGUCGCCAUGUUGAUGAAGGAAAACCUCAACCUGAAAAGACAGCUUCCCAGCCAACAACAUUUUCCACAAGCACCCCUCUGCCAGCGGUCACAACACUUCCUGUCAUGCGCAAGAUGGUCAGCUUUAUUCUGAGUAUGGAUUCCUCGUGUAGUGUGGAAUUGUUCUUGGUGGCAUGCAAGGUGAGGUAGACCUAGAGUCUGAGUACUAGUGGGUCAUACUUCGAACUUUCAUGUGAAAUAGAAAAAGGGUCGAGUUAUCGAGAAUUUGGAACAAAUUAUUGGAAGCAAAGAGAAAUAAAGAGUUUUCUAUACGCCCCUAUUUUUUAAAGAAAUUAAAUUUAAGUACAGUACAUAGCCCGGUCGAACGAAAAUUGAAAUUUGAGGUAGGAUCCAAUCAGCAUACGUAGCAAUGAACUCCUAAACCAGCGAAACCUGAAUUGGACCGAUAAAUUUUGUACAAUGCCAAAAGGAGGCGAAAAUUACUCAGCUGCUUCAAAAUAAAUAAUUCAAUAAAUGUUUGAGCUCCAGAGGAUAAACCUACAUACAUCUAACGAAGAGUGGUUUGAGUUACCGAGAAUAACUCUGUCACGGAAAUCACACAGACAUCAAGUUUGGUUCGAGUUCAUUAAUAAAGGGAGGCACCUUGGAACAUAGCCAAUCAGUUCACAGGAUUUUGCACCUUAAAAGAUGGCAAUUUUGUUUUUCAAUGUCCAAUACAUGUUACAAAAUUCUUGUAGAAGUUACCUGUAAAUGUAAGUAUGGCUCAAUAAACCAGACAUGGCAGCAUGAGGUCAAUAAACCACAAAUUGUGACCCUUUUUUUUGUCCUCAGCAGGGUAGAGGUAUGGUGGUAUUUUGUGUCAAGCUCUUUUUAAGACGUUGGUGUCAAGGCACAUCCUUGCCCCAAAGUGUUUUAACUGCCCCCAGCCCCGUUUGGUCUCACAGCCUCAACUAUUUUUUAUCUUUUAGGUUGUAGCUCAUCUGGCGUGUGUAAGUGACCCAUUCAUCAGCCUUGUGGAUGUCAUCUCAGACGAUCAGCUGGAGAAGCUGCUCCGGAUGUGUGUGAUGCCAAAUGGGAUGCAAUCAGCUCACUGGGGAGGCCCAUGGACAUCUCAUGCACUCACUAUUUUGUUACAGGAUCUACUUGGUAAGGCCUAUCAAUGUAGUUUCAAACCACGUUUGGCUGUGAUACCAAACUUUCGAUGUGUCUGGACACGAGUUGGUAAACUGGGUCGAGUUAGCCUCUCAGGCCGGUCCACGUUACAACCAGCUUGCUUGGGUUCUCGGUGUGUUAGUUAUAUUUGAUCAAAUGAAGGAAAUAGCUUUAUCUUAGUGGCCUUGUAUGUAACACCUCUGUGCUGAUUGGAGACACUGAAGGUGCUCAAAAAAAGGGGAUUUACAAGUCGCUAGGGAUGUAGUUAAGUGAGGACGACUAGAAAAAAAACUACAAAUAAAUGGCGACGUGAGUGAUUUAAUUCAAGAAUCUACAGAUUUGAAGUGGAGCGCCCGCAAUCAUUGUGGCAGAGUUCCUCCGCAAGGAUAUAAAUUAUUUGUUUGCAGUUGUGGCUGGCAGCUCUGCCACUCAAGACACCUGCAUUCUUGUCACAGGUAUUGUAUUUUAUAGUAGUUUUUUUUAUCUUGGUAGGUGGACAGGGAAGUAAAGUUAGUGAUGCUUCAAGAAAUGUAACCGCUCAGACUUCUGCAGCUCAAGAAAAUGACACAGAAAGUUCGCUCUUGUCAAAAGUGACUGAUUAUGAGAAGAAAGGCUCCUUGCUGACCAUGGAUUACGGUGAUAUAUGUCCAAGUUAUGACUUGCCUAUUGAGCUGUCAGGCUGGAUGGGAGAUUUUGGUGAGAUUGGUAAUGGUAGCGAAAUGCCGCAAGCAACACCAGUCCAUGAGAAACCAUCGGUGCAAUCUUCAUGGGAGGCUAAAGUUGCUCCACCUCCCCCAGUCAAACUGUCAUCUGCCAUUGAUAUGAGACUCGAGCUUUGUCUCGAGAUGGAAGCAGAACGAGAUCUUAAAAUGUUGGAGCACCUUCAAGUAGAUGCGAUCGCUAAAGCACUGAGUACCACAGGAUCUUCAUUCAGGGGAACUACUGAACAAUCACGCAAGAAGAUUCCCAAGAAUGGCAACAGUGCUGUGGUAGGAAGGACUCUACUAACAUCAUUUAGUAAAAUAUUCAAUGACUGCGCCAGUGCGGAUGUGGAUGUUCCUUCUCUUCUGCAGUUGUGGCUGAAGAUUCGAUUGUGCGCUUCCAGUAUAACUCUGGAUACAGAAUCUCUGAGCAAGCUACUCUCGCACGUGAUACAUCUUUCAGGGUCGCCUUCUCAAACGCUACAGCUUUGUCUGCAAGUCCUUACAUGUGUGUCUGACGGACAAUUUCGGAACUGUGCUAAUAUUGAAUUCAUUGCUUUUCUAAGAAACGAAGACCUUCUACAUUUUUUAGUAAGACUCUUAUCUCAGAUGCCGUCAUUUGGAGGAGCGAACCCUCUUCCACCCAGUCCGAAGCCAGUGAAGGCAUUUCUGACGUCGUUGCAGUUGGCUGUCAAUAGUCACAACAGAGCGGAGCUUUCCCAGAUUUUCCUUGAACUGUUGCUGAAGACAACGCUUGAGCUGUGUACAGAAAGGUGUUUUACUUUUGUCUAGAAAACUUCAUAUGAUUGGGUAGUCCUUAAAAAGUGUAAUUGGUUUCCUGAAGAUCUAGGACCUGGUAUUUUAGUUAGUUUGUUUUGUUCGUGGGCACGGUUAUUGCCAUAGUCUUAUUUACUUAAAUCAAGAAAUGGGAUAUAGGAAUGAAUUGAUUAUGUGAGACCCUAGAGCAGUUGAACUGGUUGAACACCACUUAGCAGCACAAUUAGUGUCUGAAAUUAAAAAUUUCAGCGCACGGCUUAAAGCUGUUCAUCGUAUCACAGAUGUAAGGACAUGUUUGCUUGAUAUUGUUGCGUAAAAAACAAAACAAAGACAAACAGACAGACACAAACAAAAGUAAAGCGGAACAGUGCAAUAAUUCUAAACAUGUUGUAAACGGGAACCGACUAAAGUGCUUUAAUUUAUUACAGGCUUUCCAACAGAGGAGUAGUCCUUCAAGUAGAUCCAGUUAUCGAUAUCUUAUUGUCAAACCCAAACACUACGUUGCGUGAGGUGCAACCUGAAGUUUUCUCAAGACUAGUGAAAGCGACCGGAGAGCUUGCUUUGGAUCAUCUUGCCCACAGGAGAAGUGUGAGUCUUCUUCCAUCUGCGGAUGUCCUCAGCGGAGCUACUGUGGAUAAACUGGAUGAUAGUACAUGGCUUGUUCAGCUGCUUAGUUUAGUGAUUCAGAUGUUACAGAACUGUGUUGUGAAACCACUUGACAAUGAUUCAAGUCAGACAUCAAUAGACACUUGUCAUGGAAAGGAGUCGGAUGAUAUUCAAGGUGUAACCAGCAAUUCAACUGGUGGCUCUUCAGUGUCUUUCAAUUUAAUAGAUAAACUGGUGUCCGACAAAGGGAUCUUCCACUGCUUGUUGGAUUGUCUAAAUCAGUGUACUACAGAUAAUCAAGGGGUGUCGGGUUCGACAUCUGUCUGUGAAGACAAGGUUUCUACCGAUGAGAAGACCUCAAACAAACCUGCCUCAGUUGAGGAUGGAGUGUGGCAAAUCUUGUGGGUGAUACAAAAACACGUUGGUGACCAAGGGGUCUUGGUCGAUGCAUUUCUGACCUUCCUGCAGACAUGCGAAAAAGAUGGUGUCGAGUCGUCUCCGGCGUCAAUGAAGCAUUUGUCUGUUCCCUUAGUAAAGCUGUUCUGUGGGACUUUCAACUCCUCUCAAGCUGUGAUGCAGUUUUAUGAAAAGGGUUAGUAUCUAAAGGCGUAAAUUAACCAUUUUUCUUAGCAUUUUUUGUCCACUUUUUCUUGGUAGGAAAACGUAAAAGGGUCAAGAGUAAGGAGCAAGGAUGGCGAAGACUGGGCAGGUUGAAAAAUUAGUCGAGGCUCCCUCAACAAGCGCAAAAUGACAUCAAGUGAUUAAGACGCUCAGUUUUAUUUUCAAAACUUCUGCGGUUAGACCAUGACGAACUCAAGAAAAAAUCAAAGGAAAAAAGAAAAUUGGUGCGAUACAUUUUUUUUGGAGAGAUUUCUUAUUAAAGACUAUUGGUCAUCUGGGCUAUUUUCAGUAAGAAAAGGAAUUCACUAGAAUUAUUCUUUUUCAAUUCGAUGCGUUGCUCUCGGCAGAGUUUCUCUUGCCUACUUAUAAUGUGUUUUGAUUUUUUUCCGUGUUAACAUCUCGUUAUCUGAACACGAAGUGGCGGUCAGAAUUCACGACGGUUUUGCAUACCUUUGACUGUGUCUCUGGUUUGCAUAUCUUUCAAGAAUUAUCUCUUACCCCCGAAUAUUCAGAUGACUCUAUUUUGAUUAGGAAAAGAUGCUCUUUUUCCUCAGGAAAUACUUCUAUAAAAAAUGCGCGUGAAUUUAAAAACGUCAUGAAUGUGAUAUCGCAUUGCCAUCUAUACAACGCAUGUACUGUCCUAUGUUUUGUAAAAAAAACUUUGGGUCUUUGGGUCUUUGAGUUGUUGUUCUGUAAAGUUGUUACACUUGUGAAGUGUAUUAUUUAUAAUCUCAGGUGGCCUCGACAUUGUGUGCAACGCUAUCAUGGCAGGACGAACAACAUCAUUGGACGGUUCGUCGCAUGGUCUUCUCUUUGUCAUGCAAGAACUGAACAGCAAGCCGAACAGGAGGGAACCAAGAGGGCUCUUAACAUCCGUAGGAGAAGGAGAAUUGGGCAAGCGAAUGUUCAACUUUGCUCCUUAUGGUGAGUGCCUUCGUUAAUCAUCAGGGGUUUUGUUUCCCAUUGACAAAGAGAAAUUCACAGUGGAGUGUCGAAAGUAUUCCGGGUUUGCGUUUGUUGGCAGAACUGGGCAUUGUAAUUGGCUAAGAAAACCAGCGCCUUCCUCUUAACCAAUCACAUGCAAUGUUGAAACCGAACGCAGGUUUUUCAUCCCCUUCCUCCUCCUUCCUUUCCCCCCCCUCCCACCCCCACUCAUAAAUUAACUUCCCCUGUCUGUGGCAAUUUGCUCAUUUUUGGUUUCUCUUUGUAACCUUGCGAUAUUUGCCGUUUGACAGACCAUUGUGCUUCAGCCUUUACGAUACACAAUCGAAAUGCGCUCUCCUAAAAGUAUGGAAUUCACGUUGGAUACUAUGAGCUAAAUUAAACUACGUACGCAUUGCGAACAUAUUUUUCUCCUUUCUGCAGCCACCAUUCACUGCACGUCGUCUUCAAAACAUCCUCCUGAUGCGCUGCUAAAAGUCACCGCACAGCAUCGUCGUGUCCGCUCACCGGCUUGGUCUUAUCGUUUUCCCGUCAACGAGGAAUGGUGUGAGUUAGUUGUGAAUCUGCCUACAGCCAUCCUCUUGAAUGAAGUGCACAUUCAACCUCAUUCUUCGGGAUUAUCAAGUAAGUGUCUUUAUGUUUCUACCUGUUGUUGUUUACCUGAAUAGAUCUCCCUUUAAAAUUGAAGGUAAAAAUUGAAACCAGUCAGUUUAAAACUGUACAGUACAUUCAUUUUCAUACCCAAUGGAGCACCCUCAAAUUGAUGAUCUCAAUGAAUUUUCCUCCUUCUUUGCUCUUUUAAUUCCCAUUUUUGCUCUUUUCAUUUUUCUCAAGUUUGCUUUUCGCUUUCGUCUAUGACAAAGUUAUUGGAGUUUGGUGUCUAUCAAACAUUUGAUGUAUCUCUUUACUAAGAUAUUUCCUGCUUUGCUGUUCCAUUAGCAAGCCCAUCACAUGUGGCACUGGAUGUGAGUAGUGACUGUCAAGUCCUUGUACCCGUUUGUGAACCCGUCCUCACUUCUGGAAUCACCACAAUCAAACUUAGACUCCAACAGCCAGUUGUUGCACAGGUAUGGUGUCUAUAUGGCUUAUGCUCUUGCUUACCACGCGGCUACGCGGUAUGAGAGGUUUUCAGUGAAAGCCGCUUGUAGGCGGUCUACCGCUGGCCAUAAGACCUUUUACCGGUGUCUGUUUAACCUGUCAGCAUACUCUCUUGUUUGGGUUUUGCCCUACGGCCUCCUUUUUUGGGCCCAGCCGCCUAUCACACCAGCGGCAGCCAGUUAUGGAAAGAAUUUAUUGAAACCUUUGAUAGUCGGUUAAUUUAGUGGGCUUUGUAUUAGAGUCUGGUUCCUCGCUAAAUUUACAAGUAAAAGUCGCGGUGAAAUCUCCUUGCAGAGAGCUGCUCGCGUUUAAAUUUGUGUGAAUGAUCACGGCAAGUCUUGUUUUAAUUCCGACGACCGAUUACAGCGACAAAAUUUCGUCGGACAGGCAACGAUUUUAAGGAAAUUCACCACACAAGGAAAUCGUCGCAUUGGCUUGUUCCCGUGACGUGUCGUAGCGACUUUCUACUCGAUGUGUGAUGCUCAGAGAUCGGCCCUGUUUGUUAUUUAGGUACGAUUCUACCGACUGCUACCCACUUGCGCGGAUUAUUUCUUCAAUUGAAAGAGCGUUAUAGUAUCAUUUUGAGGUCGAUUGUCGAAGUAAUCCUGGAUUGGUUGGUGCUGCUGUACGGAACUCACUGACUGGUCAGGCAGACUUGUGCCAUCCUUUUGACCAAUUAGAUUCAAGAUUAAAACUGUUGUCCUUUUCUCUGAUUUUCCGUUGUCUUGCUAUAGUGUUUCUGGUUCAACGACAUUUCUUCGACUCGCUUGUAAACAGAAAGUAAACUACUGUGUUAUAUCCUCGUGAUGCGAUGUUUGACUUUCAUUUUGCAAAGCAUUUUUCAUUCCUAUAUUUUCAGUAUGUCCAUAUUCAUUGUCACCGUCCACGAGACUCGCGUGUGGUAGGAUUGUCACAGAUCAGGAUCAUGGGAGCAUCAUUACAUGGGGUUGAAAGUGGAGUCGCUCAGGAGCUCCACCACUUAAAGGGCCAGUCAGCUAGGUAACUGUUUGUGAUGCUUAGAUGUCCACUGUGGUCGGAUUAGUACUUAAGCUGCGAUUCGCUAUGUUUGUUUUAUGUAACUGGAAACCUAGUGAUGCUUAAAACCGAUGGUUCUUCAGUUUCAAUUGAUUGAAUUUUUCUUUUUUUCUAUCCAAGCGUCAUAAAUUUGCGUUAGAAAUUUCACCUGGUUUAAUAUAGCCCAGUAACAAAUCCUAUCUGUCAAAGGAAGGUUCAAUCUUUCCGAAUGAUUUACCACAAAAACUAUGUUUUUCUAACAUUGAGAAGAUGCGAGAACCACAAACGUGAACGAGCGUACUUUGAACAAAAGGGAUUCAAACACCAACUGAUUAAAUCUGUCAUGUUAUUGAAUAAGGCCAUCCUCUCCCCAUCACAGAAUCGCUCAUCACACCAAAGGUAUCAUUCCGAAGCGAUGAAAUGAUGUAUGACAGUUACUCAUGUUUAGUUUAAUUUUUUUGUUAGCCUCGGCUGGGUACAGUUACUUGGUCAGUGCCUCUCGCAAGGACCUGAAUUUUAUCAGGAGACAAAAGAACCUUCGACGCUGAUCUCGGAUGUGUUUAGCAACUGUAUCGCCCUGCUGUUAUCGCCACGAAGGUUUGAACUCUCUUUUUUUUUUUUUUUAUUAUAUACUUCGUCUGGGGAACUAACUUGUAUUUUAAGACUACGUUUCUACCGUCAGUAAAAUAGUACAUGUAGAAAAGAGAUGCUAAAGUGACCAGCAUCUAAUUUCUCCUCACAGUGUCACCCCUGAAUCACACAGGGAGGUCACAAGAGUAAAGGAAAUGAUCACUAACAGAAGUAGCUUUUAAUUUUAAAACAAAUUCUCCCUGUUGGCACCUUGGGAAAUGUACGGAGAACAGUAAAGAGAGUAACUGUACUGAUUUGAAGAUGAAAAGGGUUCAAACGAACUGUUCUCCACAGUUUGUACAUUAUAACAGCUGUGCCAAUCGAUUCAUGUCUUGUUCUCGUCUCGUUUCACUUCUGUGUGAUCUUCGAAAGCAAACUUCAUUGGGGAUUUCCGUAAUAUAAUAAAAUUAUGGUUAUAUUAGCAAGAUGGUUCAUGUGGAAAUGAAACAUGAAUUUAAAUCUACUCCUAUUACUUCCGUUGAACUACCGUGAAUGAUGGAAAAUUUUGAUGUUCUGGAGGACGUGAAGCGGUAGAGUGAUAUUUUAGUAAAACUUUCGUUAUCACAGACUCAAAAUUCAUAUUUCAGUGCUGCAUAAUACAUCAACUAGCAAGUUAAUUUCAUUUUAAAAUGGCGGUGAUGGCUUUUUUCCGUUUCAGUGGUCAAUCUGCUUGUCUAGAACUGGUGCUCAUGAAGUUGUCCAAGCAGUUUCCAGAACUGGGCACCAUGUUAAUGAAACAACUGUUAAAAUGCCCAGGGGAGAAGGGAAGAAAGAGAGGGCCGCUGGUAAGCGUCGCUACAGUGGAACUUAUAUACCAGUUGGGAAAAAAACAGGACUCUUCAUACGAAGACAGGUAUGGCAAGCCGAGUGUUGAUUGGGCAAAACUAGUGCUACAUCAUCGUGGGCAAAAGUCAAUCAAUAAUGUGGCUAUAUAUACUAAAAGGCAACGUUAGGUCGCCCGCUCUGUAAGCUCAAGCGGUUUUGCAAUGAAUAUAUUGUGUAUUGAUCACGAAGUUCUUGUCUUCCUCCUGUAGAUUGUUAGUGAUAUCGUCCUGGUUACGGUCCAUCUGUGACUCGUCAACCUCUUCCCACGCGGCACCUGGGCAUAUUCAGUCUGUGGCUGCUGUCAUCUGGAAUGCAAAGGAAACUAACUCGGAGUCAGUUGUGAAACAAUACUUUUCUGAAGAGCUUUUCAGGUGUGUUUCAUUUAGACUUGAGUGUUUUACCUUCAAUUAGAAGUUUGCUUGUACCCUUUUUGAGUUUUUUUUUUUUUAUUAAAAAAAAGAUCUAUGUUAGCGUACAGAGAGUGGUAUGUUGCUCGCAGCAAUCAGAUCGUUUAGGGUAUGUAUCUCGCAUCAAUCAGAUCGCCGCAUUAGGUUAUGUAUCUCGCACCGAUCAGAGCGUCGUUUUUGUUCUUUGGUUUGAGAGGUGUUCAAAUUUCAACGAAGUUAUGGGAGAUUCGGAGAGAGCGGUUCAUAAAAUAGAAUCAUCUUUUAGAAUGAGAAAUGUUAGCUUUUCUUUGUUUUUAACGUGUAUUUUACCACGCUUUAUAAGAAAUGCGAUACUACUGGACAGAUGAAAGAUAUCAGAUUACCUAUAGUAAACGUGUUACUCGUGCUGUAAAAAUGAUGGAUAGUUGUUCGAGAGAAAAUGGAGUUCUGUGCACUGUAGCACGAUCAUGGUUAUUGUUCCUUCACGACGAGAGGGAGUGGAAAAAUUUUGAAUCAAAUAUUGCUUGAGGUGUUGAUGAAGUGCACCAAACAUUUUGAUUUGAGCAGUUCUUUAACGGCAAGCUGUGUUGCAAGAUUCAUGAUUUGUUGAGUGUGCCGAUUAUAUUUUUCUGGAUUGAUUGCUCGGUGCUAUUUCUAGAUGAAUGUCUGAUUAAAAUUAACUAUGGACGAUUUUGUGUAUGUUUUCGAUGCUUGGAGAAAGUGGUCUUGUGGAGUCGUUUGUGUUGUGCCAAGGACUAAUUCAGAUACCAUCGUUAGCAUGUUUAUUUGAUUUUGUUAUCUGGAAUGAAUGAUUUACGGAGGUAAGUUAAUAUGAUGUGAUCUACUAACGUCGAAAAUAUAUCUAGUCGAAGGAACAGUUUUGGUCUUGGUCCGCAUUUUUGUCAACAAAAUAAACACAUACCGCUUAAAAAGAUAAUAAUACGGACCACGUGCAAAGCUGUUAAUUGUUUCUCGAAUGUUGCGCGUCUUAAAUAUUCAAUAGUGACAUCUCGUGUUGUCACGUACCAGACGAAAAAACUUUUUAGAUUGUCAGUCUACAUUUUGUACCCACUCUGCGGUCUACAGUCUACAUUUUGUACCUAGUCUACAUCUUAUAUCCGGUCUGCAGUCUGCAGUCUGCAUUUUGUACUAAAAGGUAUCCGUGGCACCAAUACAGUUUAUUUUAGGUUACAGUUAUUCGCACAAAAUAUCCAAUAUACCACAAAAUACCUGUGUGUGAGUUAAUUCGACAUUUUCGUUAUUUCCGCGUUAAUACUUUUCUUUCCUUUUGUUAGAAGUUAGACAUUACUUACAAUGUUUCAAUAAUCCACCCACCCCCCCAAAAAAUAACUCUUGCAUGCUUAACAUGCCUAUGUUUUUGUUUGGUGCAAGAAGAUCACGUACUUUUGAGGGGUUUAUAUAUCAUCUGUCGUUGAAUCCUUGUUAAGUCUUGACGACCUGUUGUCGUAGCGUGCGUGUAUGUGUGUGUGUGUGUGUGUUACGCUAGGGCCAAACUUCUUUGGUUAUGAGCAGUCCCGCUUGUGUCAUCAUGUUGUUUCAGCUGAGACCCCACAUUGCGUCUCUAGGAUUGAAUGUAUGGUUAUAAACCCUUUCUCAAAGGGAAGAGGUUAGGGUUUGGCUGAUGUUGCCAUAAACAAGCAAGCCACAAAUGAUCUAUUAUAUCAUUGUUUAUUCUUUGUUUAAGAAUAGCGACAGAGUUACAAAUCAGAGGGGCUACUCCCAAUUUGGCCAUUUACAAUCCGUCCAGCUUUGUAUUCCUCUAAAAUCUUCGUUUUGGCUUUCUCUUCCCGGCAGUUGAGGUUUUUUAGGCCUCCGUUCUAUCUAACGGAAGUUUUCAUUACGGAAAUAAUGAUGGAAUCUAUGGUGUCAAAGCCGCUUUAACCUUUUAACUCCCAGAAGUGAUUAACAUGAAACUUCGCCCUAAAAUAUCCAUACAUAUAUCUAGCAAACAGGUAAUGAGAAUAUUCAAAUUUCUCAGGUAAAAGUCGCUUUCUUGAUCUAACACCAAAUUCUUGUACCUAAUUUGCAAGGACAUGUGUAGCAGCUAGAAGGGAGAAUUAACAUUAAGAUCUUGGGAGUUAAAGGGUUAAGUCGGGGACAGUAAAGGAUCGGUUGCAAGAACUGCAUAGCUUACCAAGAGUACUACAUUUGUAUCCUUUGUUGCGUUCUCAUUUGGUAAACCUGCAUCUUAACUUUUCAGAUCUCUUUAUGACUGGUCACAAGCUUCCUCUGAUGAAGAUUUCCUGAAACAGAGUAUUGAUCAUCUCAUUGGUGCUCUGACGUACAUUUGUCCAGCUUAUUAUGAAGUGCUUUUAGAAAUCACUGGAGUCAAGGAACUCCUCGACGAAUGGAACAAGGAAAGUGGCAAAACUGGUGGUGGGCUGUCAAGACUUCUGACAGCUCCGUCACGACUCGGAACACUGGCUACAGCAAGCCAAUCAUCUAUCACGAGCCAACUAUUGCUAAAUUCGGGUUUACUUAAAAUGAUGGCAGGAGGUAUCGUGGACUUCUGUCAAGCAGGUGGUAAUUCCCAAGGUUUGGACAAACAUCCGUCAACAGUGGAUCCACUACCGAAGUCAAACUUGUCCAUCGACCUUCUUCCACACCUUCUAAACUUUUUAACUUGUUGUUCCCAGGAGCCAGCCAUUAAGGAUUGGAUGGGUGAAACAGGCUACCAGUUGUGGUUUUUACUUCUCUCACAGCUCUGCAGAGGACGACAUGUCCAAAGUAACCCUUUUUUUGGCCCACCAGGCGUAGUUCCUUCUAUUCCCAGCCACACUAAGUUUGCGAUGGAAACUGCAACGGUAGAUCUGUUAUGCAACUGUGUUCAUUUUCAUCUCAGAAAUCAAGAAAGGAUGGCGAGUCUCUUGGUUGAAACCAUUGGUGGAGAGAACUCUGAAAAUGGAUCAAUUGACAUGGAAACCAAUGUGAACACACAGGUCAAUGGCUUUUUACGACAGUUGAUCUUACAAAUGUUGCUGGAAGAAGAAACUGUACUUAUCUGUGUGCACGUUGAGAAUGAUUUGAAUUUACAAACAAUGCGAGGAUUUGAUUUCUUUCAUAAAGAUGGUUGGCAUCCUCGCUUUGGAGCAGGACACUCAUUUGCACUACUUUCUGCAAAAUUCUCCACAACUCUUCACGAACUUAGUGAACAGAUUCUUCGUCCUAAAGUAAGCAAACCAGUCGAGACAACUUUGGAGGAAAAGUUCCCCAAACCUACUGCAGUGGAGGGGAUGGCUGAUCCUGGCGAGUUUAGCCAAUACGAAGGGUUUGAAUUUCUUGAGUCUGUUAGUCUUGCUGCAGGACUGAACGUGAAAAGCAAAAGAGCUGAAAAAAGUGAAGCGUCAACAGUAAAGGAAAAUAAUCCGGAUAAUGGUCAGAGUCAAAAUCAAAGUAAAAGCAUGUCGUGUUCAUUUUAUCACGAUAUACUCGGCAACAUGUGUUUGCCGCAGUCUUGGACAGUGGCUCAGUUGUUGCAGCAUCUAAUGAGCAAAGGACUACCUUGUGGUACAUCUUACCUUGAAGUGACGUGUAAGACUCAAGAUGGAAAGACAGAAGACAAUUCUACUAAUUCUGCGCCGUUGCUAACCCCGUUGGAUGUGUUUGCCAAACAGGAUGGGUUAGUAAAGUUAUCAAUGCAUCUCCCUUGCCACGUUAUAACACCUUCCUCGCUGGCUCCGGAUACUGAAACGGAGGUAAUUGAGGGAGACAGCAGUGAUAAACAGGUGCCUUCUUACCCGACGCAGCUUCCGUUGCCUUUAGUGUCCAUACCUGCCUCAGUGUUAAGCGCUGUUCCAGCACAUACACUUGUAGCUUUUGGUUUAUUCAUUCGCCUUCCUGGAUACAAUGAAGUUCUGCUUAAAGAUCGUCUCAAGGCUCGCUACCUUCUGAGGCUGCUUCUGGGGGCCAAACAGGAUGGGAAUGGAGGUAUGAAUCAUUGUGUCAAAUAAUCAGUCAGUGUCUCAGUCCGUUCUUGAGUUAGUGACUUAGUGAGUCAGUCACUGAAUUUGUCGGUCACUGGGUCAUUAACUCGGUCAUUAAGUCUGUAAGAAAUCACAAGCAAUUGUUUUAUAACCCUUAAAACCCUUAUGCAGUAUGCAUAUUCCCCAAACUGUUCUCUAAACAGAUCCUAAGGUGUCGACAAGAAGUAUUGUUUAACAAUCAAUACCUAUUUCUUUAACUUAUCGUGUCUUCUCAUGCUCUUCCCAGAACCUAUCUUGUCAUCUCCAGCAGCCAGUUGUCUGUCCACGCUUCCAUUCCAUGUGUUACGGAUCUUAUUUCAGAGCAGUGAGCUCUCGCCACAAGAAGGCGCCGCCGUGCACAAGGCGGCUGUAGAAGUUGGCGCGAUCCAGAUGGUGCUACUGUGUCUAGCUGUACUGAGUCAUCACAAACCGCGAGCCACUAAUCACUCACACAAGAUGGCUUUACAGGCCUUGUCUGCGUUAACGGGCAGGUAUAGCGAAGACUUCAUCCUCACACCUGUAGGCGUAUCAUUAGAAGCUUGUAGGCGGUGGCUUUCGGAUGUUAGACCAUUUUGUACUUUCCACUUUGUGAAUUGUGUGACAUUCAAAUAUAGAAAAUGAGGUUUUUUAAACUGAUUCUAUCAUCGAUGUAUCAUUGUUUGGCAAAAAAUUACUCAAAUAUUCCCUAGAAUAGAAUGCUGGAAAUCACGUCUCCGAGAGUUUUAAUUUCUGAUUUUUCCGAGAGGGUAUGCCCACGGACACCCUUAGCAGGGUGUGUUACUUUGCAACACGCCAUGUUGCUAUGCAAGCAUAAUUUUAUUUAGCCACCCACUCAGUUCAGAACGUACACCUAUUAAAUUUUCAAAUGACAACCCUGACCAGGAACAAUGUUUUAGUUAUUCUGAGUUUCAAAAGUAGUUUCGGAUUUCUUUGAUAUUGCUCAAAUUUGCUCUGAAGUUUGUCCACGUCCAAUCUUGCGCCACCUUAUCCGUCAAAUUCGAGUAGAAAGCAAUGGCGCGUGAAGCUUGUUAAGUGCGAUUAUUUGCAUUCUAAUUGGCCUUUUACGGCAUUUCUCUGUGUUCGUAUUGAUUUGGUUUUGGUCGAGGACACUGAAUCAAGAAGCAUUCUUUAAUUUUUUCCUACAGUAGGUCGCUCGUUUGUGCGCUUUUCGAAUUUUUAUCUCUGAUUGUUUCGGUGAUUUACUCAAAUAUGUAUGGAUCUGUAGUGUUUGCCGCGACAGUGAUGUUGGAGCCGGUAGUGAGAGGAGUUACUGGGCCAAAGGAACAGGAUUUGGUACAGGAUCCACGUCGUCAGGGUGGGAUGUUGAACAAGCCAUGCUAAAACAGAAGGCUGAAGAGGAGCAUGUCACUUGCCUUCUGCAGGUAAUGACGGUAGAAUUAACCGCAAAGAGCCUGCUUUGGGGGCGAUUUAAACUUUUCCAUGUGUUGUCCCAGUUAAUUUUGUGUGCAGCAAGGGAUUUUGUACUUCGAGACGUUUGUUCCCGUUCCGUUUAGGACCUUAAGCUGACCUUUAAGGUAUGAAUCGAUCCAGCUCUCUCUGUACUUUUCGAAUGGAGUAUUUUCUGGUGGUGACACACUGAGAUAAAACUCCUUUAGAACAUCAGACUUAUUUUAGUAUUGAGACGCAGAGGUUUAUAUGGAGCACACAGUUUGCUGAAAUUAAAAUCAAAAUGUAGAGAGAACACAAAAAAUGUCUCAAUCUCGAGGAUGAAAACCAUACGUAGGUCAGAUGAUGACCGACCAGCCGAUUGACUCGGGGUUACAGACGCCCAUGGGUUUGAAUCAUGUUUAAAACUAAAGGGAAUUUAUGUGCUGACUGAAAAAAAAAUUUUUCUUUUCCUUCCUAGGUACUUGCGAGUUAUAUCAGACCUUUUGGAAAACACAGCGACUCGCACUCAGAGCCAUUUGCAGAGUAUUUAGGGGCAGGCGGUCCAUAUCCAUUUGUUGUCGUUUUGCUGGAGCUGUUCGGAGAGUCAUGUCUAAUCCCUGCUCUUUCAUCAUACCUAAGGAAUGAUUCUGGUAUGUACGCAGGCAAGACUGGAUUUUUCCAGUUAGGAAAUCAAAGCAAGUUUUCCCGCUACUGCCUUACUGCAAGGAAAAAGAAAGAAAGAAAAUCAAAAGGAGAUAAAUGAUAAUUAUCGAAGCAAUGAGAAGAAUGACAUAAAACAAAAACCUCUCUCUCAAAUUUAGGAGCAAAAUCUCCGAAAUAUCAGUUGCAAGCCCUAAGAUCGUUAGAGUAAUGGGAACUACUAGACCUGUUGUAUUCAACUUCAGAGUUUGACGUUUAUCCGACCUCUCUAUUAUUUCUACCGGUGUCAGAACUAAAUCUGAAACUGUGCUUUAAGAUUUACUUCUUAGUAAACGUCGCAAAUCUGUGUAACUUUGUUGGUUUUAUGGAAAAAUGCCGGUUGAGAACUCCACGACCUUUUUUUUCCCUGUUAUUUAACCGUUUUUGUUGUUUUUUUUUUAACAGUUCUUGAUAUGGCUCGCCAUGUUCCUCUGUACCAGGCUGUUUUAGAAGUACUCCGUGCACUCGCGUUGUGCCCAGUCCUCUUACCUUUGUUACUCCCGCAUGCCAAUGGCCUUUCCGUUGAGAGAGCCUCCACAGAGGCGCCUUCUAUUGUUAGCCUGCUGGACAAGAUGAAACAAUGUGUGGAUACUUACUCCAGAACUUUGCGGUAAGAUAAGCGGGAACUCUUCAAUUUGUAGUAAGGACUUAGGCUGGAAAAGUAAUUUUUUAAUAAGUGUGGAGGGAUCCCCAUUUUUUACUCUUGGACCGGAAGCUAUCGAGCAAUAUUUUAUUCAAAGAACAACAUAAAGUAACUGUCUCGAGCGAUAACAGGAACCUAUUCUAGGUAUCAGAUUGUUUUUGUUGUUGUUUUUUUUGGGCUCCAUAUUUUGGAUAAAAGAGACGUGGAUACCGGCAAAACAUUUCUGAUAUUUCAGCAAAAAAGCCAAAAUAUUUUAUUUUUUGCGACAGUAGUGAGAAAAAAGGGAAUAUUGAUCAAUUAAUCUUCUACUUUCAAGUUUUUCCACUGAUAUUUCGAAUGUUGUGUGAGUUUUAUCCAUGGAUUUCUGAAGUUAAUGAAACCCCUCCAAAGACAAAUCUAAAGCUACUUAAACUGAUUUCCUAGCGGACCUAAGUGAGAUGCAUAGGUACAAAUAUUACGUCGGGUCACUCGGCACUCACUCUUUCGCAGCCGUUGAUUGGUCGGUAUCCGCCGCUUUCGCCCCCUAUCGAGUUCGCCCCUUACCUUAUACCGUGUUCGCCCCCACACUUUUCGAGUUCGACCCCACCAAGUCGAGUUCGCCCCCAGAUUGAGUCAUGUCUAAAUUAGUUGCUAUCGAACAUUGCAAACAAGUUAGAACCAAGACAAGUUUUGAAUUUUAAUUGACCGACGGCCAUUUUGAAAGUUUAUAUGUGCGUGGGAGCUAGGGAGAUGAAAGCGUGGUUUGCGAUCCUGGUUUGCAUUUUCUCAAGUCUGGUUGCUAUGACCUUAAAACACAAUGAAGUGUGCAACGCAUUCUCUCAAGAAGUCUUAAAUAAUCAAAAGCGUGAUCAAAUCGUGGUUUCGUAAAUUCUUCAGUCUUAAUUUCAUAAAUAAAGCUAAACGAGGUACAAGUCUAACAACUUAAGCAAUGCUGUCGCGAUGAAAGCGUGGUUUGCAUCUUCUCAAGUCUGGUUGUUACGACCAACGAAUUUCGUGUUCGUUAGAUAAACCCAGGUUGUUUUACACCUUUGCCAGUCUGAAUAAUAAGUUAAGCAAUGUUGUUUUGAUUAAGUGUGGUUCUCUCUAUCACAAGUUCAGUGUACACAGUUAUUUCUGGUAACCCCAGAUCCCACGCAGAGUAUUUAGUUGAUUCCGUCAACCCAGUUCCCAAGCAGGUUCCACGCAAUUGCGGAAAUUCAAAAUGGUCGUCGCUGACGUGACAUUUGGCACAUUCUGCUAGUGCCUUCGUCACAAAUCAACUCAUCUGGAUAUCACUCAAUCAAGGGGCGGACUCGACUUGAUGGGGUCGAACUCGAAAAAUGUGGGGGCGAACUCGAUAGGGGGCGAACGCGGUGCAAUUCGUUUGGUCACGUGUUUCGUGUAUAGGCACAAAGGAGACGUUUUCAAUGUAGUCAAACCAAAGCUUGGACAAACUAUUUCUUCAGGUCUACGCAAGGAAAAAGGGAAGAUUCAUCUGUAACAAGCACCACUAGCUUAGAACCAAAUGCCCCAACAGAACCGAGUACCACAGCCGAACCAAGUUCUAAAGGGGAAUCCAGCAGCUCAGCAACAUCAAGCAGUGCAGGAAGCUCGUUGUUUUCAGUUGGACCGAGUACUUCUGCGGGACCUAGUACCGCAGGACUACCAAGUUCAACUAAACCAGGUAACAGCGAAGAAAAGAAGGACCAGGAGGCUGAGGGACUCGCCCUGUUGAUACCUGACAUCCAGGAAACUGCUAAGUUGAUGCAGAGAGUAGUGCACGAAUUUCACCAGCAACAAGCCUCUUCUAACAAGGAAGGGGAAGGAGGCGGCAAGGGGCCAGAGGAACAGGUGGAGUCCCUCUCUGCCGAGGAGAGGUACUUAGCCAAAAUGAGGUCGCUUCAGUUUGGUGAGUGUGGCCCAUGGGCGUUUCGUUUAGUUUGUAGGCAAGGUCGUGAAAGCAACUAUUACAAUCAGACGGUAGUCAGGAGAGUUUUUAUUGCGUUUAUCUUGUCAAGAUUUUCUCAUUGAAUAAUUCCUAGUACAACGAAAUCUAGAUUGUAUCGAGAACUUUGUCCCAAAAACGUAAGACUUUCGGUCGUAAUCUCCUUGUCAGUUAUUUCGGAAUUUCAAGACACGACUGGGUUAUAAAGUCAAACCUUUGUUAAACUUGAUAGGAACUCACCGGAUUGUGAUUGAAAAAGAUGACGGAAAACUAGAGUUUGAACCUGGCGGUUACCACUUUGCGUCUUCGGUGCGGUCAACGGUGAAUACGGGUGGCAGCGGAAGCAUGGUGCGGGCUCGGCGGCUAGCACAGGAAGUGUCGUCUCUUGCAACGUCCCUUCCGCUGUCCAGCAGCUCAAGCGUAUUUGUCCGUUGUGAUAAAGAGCGACUGGAUGUCAUGAAGGUAAUAAUGAAUCUUUGUCAAGACAUACAUUCAAGCGUAGUGAUGACGAAUGGCAAAAGGACGAGGGCCUUCCGUUUUCGGAGUAAGGUUACAUAGUAUUUUCAACGAACAUUGGUAGAUCCAGGGGAAUGUGGCUUUUUUUUUAUUUUUUUUUUUACCACCCGUUUGACACUAAAUUUCUUGCAAGGACAGGAUUUCACGUUACUUCUCAAUACAAAGUGCGUAUAAUUUAUUUGUGCUGAAAUAUUUCUUAGCUUGUUUUGGUUAAAUAGUUGAGAAAAAUUCCUUAAUUUUCUGAAUCAAAAUAUGCAACCCACCCUUCCACCCCACCCCACCCCACCCCAGAUAGAGUAAUGACAUUGUAAAGAGAUAUUCCACCCUAAUCACCGUGAGUAUUAAAAACGCUGUUUAUAUGUUUGUUAGGUUCUUAUUACCGGCCCAGCUGAUACUCCAUACGCCAAUGGCUGUUUCGAGUUUGAUGUAUACUUUCCACAGAACUACCCGGAAUCGCCGAUGCACAUAAACUUUGAAACCACUGGGCACCACAGUAUUCGCUUCAAUCCGAAUCUUUAUAAUGAUGGAAAGGUACCGUGUAACUAACAGUCUUGUUUAACUUAAUAAGUAACAUGGCAUUCAACUUGACGAGUUGGCAGCUUACCACAUUCCUCUACGCUGUUGAGUCCACCUUCAAGAAUUUGAUAGUUAUGUCGUCUCCAUUUCCUCGCAGUUUUAAAAUAUUUGGGACAGAAGCUGAACAGUUGCGUGCAAGCCUUGUCUUUGUGUUGUGUUUUUUCAGUAAGAUACUGAACUCUCGUGGUGCCAUUGUCCAAGUAAGGAGUAGAAAUGAGAGCUGGCAAACUUUCAGUGAAACCUGGCGAAAUGUAGGGGGAAGGGGCAGUUAAUCUGCUGUAGACUGGCAUCACAUCCAAUGAGAAUAGCAAUACUCCUAAUUCCUUCUUGCUACUAAAACUGGGAAAUGCUUCGGCUGCUAAAAGAGUCAGUCUCGUAUGCAGAGUUUUUUCAUAGUGGGUGAGGUGUCUAAGACAUGGGACUGACGUUUAGGACUGUUCGUGAUUAGUUUACGUACAGUAUUCACCCCUCCCCUGCUGAUUAGUUUUAUGUCCCUUUUCUUUCAUUAGGUAUGCUUGAGUAUAUUGAACACGUGGCAUGGACGACCAGAGGAGAAGUGGAAUCCACAGAAUUCAAGCUUCCUUCAGGUGUGAACGUCUUUGGACAGUAUCUUAAGUAUUUUCCGAAAAGUUAUUAUACCUUAUGGCCGUGACAUAGGCCACAACUCGUGUAACAGAUGAGCAUGUUGAAUAAAUUCCUUCUUGUUUCAGGUCCUGGUGUCAAUCCAGUCGCUCAUUCUCGUCAACGAGCCCUACUUCAACGAGCCUGGGUACGAGAGAUCUAGAGGGACGCCCGCUGGACAGCAGAACUCGCGGGAGUAUGAUGCGAACAUUUGUCAAGCCACUGUACGCUGGGCCAUGCUGGAACAAUUAAGGAAACCGUCGCCUUGCUUUAAAAAGGUGAGAUUGAGAUGUCACUUUUUCCACUUAAAUAUUUCCUCAACUCAGGUACGGUCGGAUGUAGGUGUAGUCUGGACCAUUUCGUUGAGGCGUUUCGAAAACUACUGAGUGUUCAUGAUCUGUUCAUAGAAUCUUAGGUUCAUCUUUGGCCUCGGUUUAACAACUGCAACGUUUUUGCACCCUCCCUGUGUUGCAGAUAGGUAAAUCACUAAAGGGCGUAACCUAAAAUAUUACAAAGAGACAAUAUUUUACACAUCAUUACACGAAGUUUAGAUCGCUAUGGGAAAGACAAACGACACCCAACAUUUUCAGUUUGCGCCAUAUUUUUGACUCGUUAAAUUUAAGACAUGAGCGGCUUUUCUUGAAAAAUGAAACCUUGAUUUUUUUUUUAAUUGGUCCGUACGUAACCAUUCCAUACUUUUAGUGUAUCUUUUUCCAUUUUUAACUCGUGAAUUGCGCGCAUGCGCAAGAGCGAGUUGUAGAUACGAUGUGGGGAAUGGCACUCGCUCGCUCGCUUGAUUGGUCGAUUCCUGUAAUUUUGCAUUUGAGUGCAUUUGAUUGUUUUUGGCGAGCAAUAAACAAACAGAAUGGCGACCUUUGUUGCUAAGAAUAGUGGUGGGGUGACAAAGAAGCCAUUGAUAAUCUUAAAAGUUUUUUCUUUUUGUUUUAGUUUCAACAAGCGGCGCCAGCGUCUGGCAGGCAUGCAAGGAUUCACACUGAAAUAACAGAACAACCCUCGUUUUUCAUAACAUUGUAAUUUACAAUCCUAGAACUUGAAAACAAUCCGAAUAUUCAUUGAAAAUUUCACUUACUGCGAAGCGCUCGGAGUUUACAGAUGUUCAAAAGCUUUUUCUGUUACGGCGUGAUAUUGAGGACAAAAUCGAUCAUUACGUUUCGUAUCGUGUGUUUUUCCUGUUUGAAGCAACAAAAGAUGCCGGAGACUAACGAAAUUACAAGUUAACGCGAAAAUCAAAUAAUACCUAAACAAACAAUUUUAGCUACCGAUUUUCAGUGAAUUUUUAAAGAACAAUUCAAAAUACAUAUUACGAACUAAAAUGCGAAAGUGGUACACCACAAAAUUGAUAAAUAGGCCUGAAAUGAAAUUCUAUCUUUUUAUUGAUUAUACGUUGCCUAGCACGUGACUAAAAUCUACCCAGGCGGAGAUCCAAAAUGACGGUGGCAGUCUUGGCUAAGUUAUAUCACUCAAAACUCGUUCCCGUUUGUCUCAUUUGAUAAAGAGGGAAUUGUUAAUGUUUUCAUUAAGACAGUAUUGCCUUGAUUUUCUAAUAUUUACAAUGAUAGACAGUAAAUUUCACUUUUCACUCACAUUUACUUCCAACCUUUUCUUUUGAACCAGAAAGAGAAAUGAUAUACGUUUAAAACACAUGACAUCAUCCAUCCUUGUCAAAUGCAAUAGUAUGAUCAUUUCAAUUGUAAUGCCUUCUUAUCCCAACGUUACUUUGUUUCUUUGCUACAUUAGCGAACACUGAACUAUUGCUCGUACUCUAGAUAUGACAAUCAACCACAAUAUUCCCUAAACCAGAUAACAUUAAACAUAAUCCAAAAAAUCAUGUGUCAAUUCACGAGUUUGCUCACAGAGCACUUUGAUGGUUUUGUGAGAUCCAACCAAAGUGAUGUACUGCGGUUUGUUUCUUGAUGAAAUUUCUUUUCCUCGUCGCAACAAGCGGCGAAAAAUAUAUGACGUAAGACCUUAAAUGACGUUAACCAAUGGCAGGGUUUCAGAGUUACUUCCUGUUUGCUAACGCUCUAUCAUCCACAGGUUAUUGAAGCGCACUUUUACCUCAAGAAAGAUGAAAUACUAAAGCAGUGUGAGCAAUGGACAAAAGAAACGGAGAGCCUGCUGUCAGGCCGGCCGGUUGGUAGGGCUAUAUCACAUCACGUGCAGUCACUGAAGCAGAAUUCUGCGCUCUUAAAACAUGAGCUUGACAAACUUCAACCUCCUUCGGAUCAUAAACAACAGGACGGUGAUAGCGACGAGGACAGUGACUAAGGUGCAAAACAGUUGCAGAAGCCGCACGCAGGUCACUCGUUGAAAUAAUUUAUGCCAAGCACUGGGUGGUGUAUGGCUAGGCCAGGGAAGGAGUCAAUUUCAUUUGUUACCCGCUCGCAACAAUUUUUUUGCGAAGUGCUUGCUAGCACCAACUUUCCUCGGGUCCUCACGAGCUCUCUCGGAUCGCGAUGCUGCUUCGCUGACUAAUAAACAUUCGCAUACGAAACAUUGUUAGCAAGGGAGAGUAACGCAUUUUCUAGUGUCGCUUUAUUUUACUGCAAGAUAACUUAAAGGAUUACAGCUAAACGUGACAAGAUUUUCCUUCGCCAACGGGCUGCAGAAUGAAAUUGCCGGGAUCUAGACACAGACGCCGAGAAUUGCCAAAGUGGAGAAUCGGCUGUAGAAGGGGAUUUUCUGAGGGAAUCUGGCCUUAGUGAAGACAGCCUUGGCCUGCCCUUAGCUGGAUGAAGUGAACUGCGUAUUUAGAACAAUACGAGCGUAAUUAGUCUUUCUUACAUUCUAUUUAUCGGGUUUGAUCACAUUCUAUAACCAACCACUUUGAUUUAAGGGGCCAAGAAAGCGUGCUGUGAUUAUUGCACUGUAAAUAUUACACGCAAUGUGAGAAUACCGUAAUUGAGGAAGUCAUGAAAUGGGGUUACGAUGGACCAAUAUGGAACAAAUGUAUCCUUGAAAAUAGAAAAUGAACUUGAAUGACUUAAGUCGAAAUUUAUUUAAGAGCUAGAAGUCGAAAUAAGCAGUGCUUACCAUAUUCGUUAGUAACUUGUCUUACUCGUUUUCCAUUGAAUUUCGAAUUAAUUUGCACUUCUACCGAGUGAUCAGCUAUGAAAUUAAGGUUGCUCACUAUUUUUACCUUUACAGUUUGGUGGAACUUUGUACAGAGAAGCGAAAUUGAUGUUUCAUUUCGAACGUUUACUUGUCAGUUGUAUAGACAAAAUGUCCGGUAAACUUUAGUUUUAUGUAGCAGUGACUGUUGAACGUCCUUUGGAACCUCUACCGGGAAGUAAAUCGUUGAUAUCAAACGACUCAGUUCCCUUGAGAUCUAUAGAUCUCAGUUAAACUGUAAAACUUCUUUGCAAGAUCCCGCAAUCUGUUUCCUUGAUACGGAAACGCAGAUUUUCUUCUAGCAAAUGAAAGAAUGAAUUUCAGUCGCUGACAACAAGUUCUGUGUAUGAAGCUUUGGGAGGUUGUCAGUUUGUUAAUCGCCAUGUUUU